GAAAACGUGACUAUGAAGGGUUUCUGUGUUCUCUGCUCUUGCCUGCGGAAUCUCGAACCUCUGCUUUUGCCUUGAGAGCCUUCAAUGUGGAACUGGCUCAGGCAGAUUAAAGACUCCAUAACUCAGAAGACUACCGGUCUGAUGCGAAUGCAGUUCUGGAGGGAUGCUGUGGAAGGCAUAUACUGUGAUAACCCACCACAUCAGCCGAUUGCUAUGGAACUGUGGAGGGCUGUGAAGAGGCAUAACUUGACUAAAAUGUGGUUUAUGAGGAUCAUUGAUGAAAGAGAGAAGAAUUUGGAUGACAGGGCAUACCGUAACAUCCAGGAGCUUGAGAAGUAUGCUGAGAACACUCAGAGUGCUCUCUUGUACCUCACCUUGGAAAUGCUGGGUGUGAAGGAUGUCCAUGCUGACCAUGCAGCCAGUCACAUUGGGAAAGCACAAGGCAUAGUUACCUGUUUAAGAGCCACUCCGUAUCACUGUACAAGACAAAAGGUCUUUCUUCCCAUGGACAUUUGUAUGUUGCAUGGAGUUUCACAAGAGGAUUUCAUAAGAGGCAAGCAAGAGAAAAAUGUGAGAGAUGUAAUUUAUGACAUUGCCAGCCAGGCCCAUAUUCAUCUAGAACAUGCUAGGUCUUUCAGUAAGAAAGUUCCUGUGAAGGCAUAUCCUGCUUUUUUCUGUACGGUUGCCUUAGACGAUUAUUUAUGUAAUGUGCGAAAAGUGGACUUCAAUAUAUUUCAUCCAAGCUUACAAAGGAAGAGUGCAUUAUUACCAUUGCGUUUAUAUAUUAGAUCUUGGAAAAAAACGUAUUAAAGGUUGGGGUUUUUUAAU